AUGGCGUCCCUUCACACGACUCCUACUGAAAUCUUACAUUUGAUAUUUGCAUCCCUAUCGCCCGGCGAUCUUGCCGCGAUAUGUCUUACUCACAGGGACUUGCGCUAUCCUGUUGAGCCAUUUCUCUACGCCCAUAUUCAAUGGAUAUGGUCAGACUCCCAGAUUCCUCCAGUCGCUCAAUUCUUGCGAAGCAUUAUCCAUAGGCCCGAGCUCGCCAGAUAUGUCUACGAUGUGAUUCUAGAUGGUGACUGCUUCGAUGGAAGCCUAUACGACCCCAGAAAUGAAAGCCCCAAAAUCCCAAUCAGCAACGUUGUCUUAGAUGAGCUAGUGGAAUGCAUCAAAAGGACCAAUGUUCCGUAUGUGGGAGAAUGGAUCCAAGAGCUGCGCGCUGGAUCGAUGGACGCGUUUACCACUCGUUUGAUAUCACACCUCCUGAAUCUGAAACGUCUCUUCCUUGAUAAGAAUUUCAACCGAGAGAGCCGUCUUAGGGGCAUGAUGCUCCGCUCGCCCCCCUGUGAGGAGACUACGGCUAGUAACCUUAGUUCCUUUACGUAUCUUGAAGAUGUGACAGCGAAGUCUCCCUGCCUUCCUUACGACAUUCACCAAAAAUCGGACUCUAGGAACACAAAGGACGUCCUCCCUCUCUUUUACCUGCCGUCAGUUAAACGAAUAAGGACUUUAAUCGACAAUCCCGCUACUUUCACAUUGACCGGAAAGAAUCUACCAAAUCCAUCGAGACUUACAUCGCUCGAUUUGACUAUAUUACGCGAAAGGCAUCUUAGUAAAGACUGGUACUACCGCCCAGAUCUUCGAGAUCAUUCUUUUACCGCUAUCAUCGAUUUGGACCAAAUCGCUAAGGGUCUAUCUUAUGUUCAAGAGACUUUGACGGACCUGACUAUUACAGCAGGAUCGCAAGGCUACAAAGCGGACCUUGAAGAUCCAGAAAUCCAAUUUAGUGGAUCGUUCAAGGUCUUUGGCGGACUCCAUACGCUGAAAUGUUUGAAGGUUCCCAUUCCAUUUCUACUCGGAUUUUCUCCCUCGAUGUCAAAUGCGAAUUCGUUGGCAGUGGCACUGCCCAAGCGCCUUAAAUGGCUGACUUUGACUGACUGCUUAUGUACGCAAGAGCAAUGGGAAUGGCAAUGGAAGACUGACUACUUAUUGGAGGCUAUUCGAUCAUGGCUCCAAAACUGGGAGAGAUACACACCCCAUCUCCGAGGAUUCUGUCUGUCGGGAAGUAUGAUGAAAGCGCAGGACUGGGAACCUGACAUGAUACAUGGAUUAAGAGAUUUGGGAGCCCAGUCGGGAAUCGAGAUUCAAAUAACUGACACGGAACCCAAGUGGUCAGGUCGUAUGUAA